AUGUGCAAAACAAGCCUGGUGAUCUGCUUUUGCAAAUAUUACAAUCAACAAAACUGUAUGGCGCAGUUCCUCUCUGUUACACAUGGAGUCUCUACAGAAAGUUAUGCAUUUUGUCACACUAGAAUAUGGAGACAAAAAAAUGAGACCAAUGGGGCAGAAGUUCAGCUAGACAGGAGAGGAUUCAGUCAAGUGUUCUAUGUUCAGCUGACAGAUGUCAACUCCAGGAAGCCAGCAAAAGCAGACACUAGGCAGUUUUUAAUAUAUAAUGAAGAUCACAAGCGUUGCGUGGAAGCAGUGAACCCUGGUGCAGUGCAAACUGCGGUUUGCAACCCGGACAGUGAAUCACAGAAAUUCCGAUGGGUGUCUGAUUCCCAGAUUAUGAGUGUUGCAUUUAAAUUAUGCUUGGGUGUGCCAUCCAAAACUGAUUGGGUUUCUAUCACUUUAUAUGCCUGUGACCCAAAAAGUGAACUUCAAAAAUGGGAGUGCAAAAAUGACACACUUUUUGGAAUCAAGGGAGAAGAAUUAUUUUUUAACUAUGGCAACAGACAGGAAAAGAAUAUUAUGCUCUACAAGGGGUCGGGUUUAUGGAGUAGAUGGAAAAUCUAUGGAACCACAGAUGAUUUAUGCUCUAGAGGUUAUGAAGCCAUGUAUACACUACUUGGCAACGCAAAUGGAGCAACGUGUGCAUUUCCUUUCAAGUUUGAAAACAAGUGGUAUGCAGAUUGCACAACUGCUGGGCGAUCAGAUGGAUGGCUCUGGUGUGGAACCACUACAGAUUAUGACACAGACAAACUAUUUGGAUAUUGUCCAUUGAAAUUUGAGGGCAGUGAAAGAUUAUGGAAUAAAGAUCCGUUGACUAGCAUUUCCUACCAGAUAAACUCCAAAUCCGCUUUAACUUGGCACCAGGCGAGGAAGAGCUGCCAACAACAGAAUGCUGAACUGCUGAGCAUCACAGAGAUACACGAGCAAACGUACUUGACAGGAUUAACAAGUUCCUUGACUUCAGGACUCUGGAUUGGACUUAACAGUCUAAGUUUCAACAGUGGCUGGCAGUGGAGUGAUGGCAGUCCAUUCCGAUAUUUAAACUGGCUACCAGGAAGCCCAUCAGCUGAACCUGGAAAAAGCUGUGUGUCACUAAAUCCUGGAAAAAAUGCUAAAUGGGAAAAUCUGGAGUGUGUUCAGAAACUAGGCUAUAUUUGUAAAAAGGGCAACACUACUUUGAAUCCUUUUGUUAUUCCCUCAGCAAGUGACAUGCCUACUAGCUGUCCCAGUCAGUGGUGGCCAUACAGAGGUCACUGUUACAAGAUUCACAGAGAGAAGAAAAUCCAAAGGGAUGCUUUGACUGCAUGUAGAAAGGAAGGUGGUGAUCUGGCAAGUAUCCACAGCAUCGAGGAAUUUGACUUCAUUUUCUCCCAGCUAGGAUAUGAGUCAAAUGAUGAGUUGUGGAUUGGUUUGAAUGAUAUCAAGAUUCAAAUGUACUUUGAGUGGAGUGAUGGGACACCUGUAACAUUUACUAAAUGGCUGCGUGGAGAACCAAGCCAUGAAAACAACAGGCAGGAAGAUUGUGUUGUGAUGAAAGGCAAGAAUGGAUUCUGGGCAGACCGGGCCUGCGAACGGCCUCUUGACUACAUCUGCAAGAUGAAAUCACAAACCCAAGCUCCAGAAAUAGUGGAAGUAGAAACAGGGUGCCGGAAAGGCUGGAAAAGACAUGGAUUUUACUGCUAUUUGAUUGGACACACACUUUCAACAUUUACAGAAGCAAACCAAACCUGCAGAAAUGAGAAGGCUUAUCUAACAACUAUUGAAGACAGAUAUGAACAAGCCUUUUUGACAAGUGUCAUUGGAUUGAGACCUGAAAAAUACUUCUGGACUGGACUUUCAGAUAUACAGACCAAAGGGACUUUUCAGUGGACCAUUGAAGAAGAGGUUCAGUUUACCCACUGGAAUUCAGAUAUGCCUGGUCGCAAGGCAGGAUGUGUUGCCAUGAGAACAGGGAUUGCAGGGGGACUAUGGGAUGUUUUGAAAUGUGAAGAGAAGGCAAAAUUUGUGUGCAAACACUGGGCAGAAGGAGUAACUCGUCCACCAGAGCCAACCACGACUCCUGAACCUAAAUGUCCAGAGAAUUGGGGCUCUGCUAGUAAAUCAAGCCUAUGUUUCAAGCUUUUUACAAAAGGAAAACAUGAAAAGAAAACAUGGUUUGAGUCUCGAGAUUUUUGUCGAGCCCUGGGUGGAGAUCUAGCUAGCAUCAAUAAUAAAGAGGAACAGCAAGCCAUAUGGAGGUUAAUAACGAGUAGUUCAAAUUACCAUGAACUGUUUUGGUUGGGACUGACAUACGGAAGUCCUUCAGAGGGCUUUACUUGGACUGAUGGCUCUCCUGUUUCAUAUGAACAUUGGGCUUAUGGAGAACCUAAUAAUUAUCAAAAUGUUGAAUUUUGUGGUGAGUUGAAAGGUGACCCUGGCAUGUUCUGGAAUGAUAUUAACUGUGAAAAUCUUAACAACUGGAUUUGCCAUAUACGGAAAGGACAAAUACCAAAACCUGAGCCAACACCAGCUCCCCAAGACAAUCCACUAGUCACUGAUGAUGGGUGGGUUAUUUACAAAGAAAACCAGUAUUAUAUUAGCAAAGAGAAGGAAAACAUGGACAAUGCACGAGUAUUCUGCAAGAAGAAUUAUGGUGAUCUUGCUUCUAUUAAAAGUGAAAGUGAAAAAAAGUUUCUAUGGAAAUAUGUCAACAGGAAUGAUGCCCAGUCAGCAUAUUUUAUUGGCUUAUUGAUCAGCUUGGAUAAAAAGUUUUCUUGGAUGGAUGGAAGCCUAGUGGAUUAUGUGGCAUGGGCCACAGGUGAACCCAAUUUUGCAAAUGAUGAUGAAAACUGUGUUACCAUGUAUUCAAAUUCAGGACUUUGGAAUGAUGUUAAUUGUGGUUAUCCACAUGCCUUCAUUUGCCAGAGGCAUAAUAUCACUGUCAAUGCUACAAUUCUUCCUACCACACCCCCAGCCAAAGGUGGUUGUGGGGAAGGUUGGAAAUUUUACAAUAACAAGUGUUACAAAAUCUCAGGAUUUGUUGAAGAAGAAAGAAAAAAUUGGCAAGAAGCACGAAAGACUUGCAUAGCAUUUGGAGGAAAUCUAGUAUCCAUACUCAGUGAAAAAGAGCAAGCAUUUAUUACCUAUAAUAUGCAGGGAUCCAAUUUUAAUGCCUGGACUGGGCUAAAUGAUAUCAAUUCAGAGCACAUGUUCCUUUGGACAGAUCAGCGGGGAGUUCAUUAUACAAAUUGGGGGAAAGGUUACCCUGGUGGACGAAGAAGCAGUCUGUCUUAUGAAGAUGCUGAUUGUGUUGUUAUUAUUGGAGGCAAAUCAAGGGAUGCAGGGAAAUGGAUGGAUGAUACUUGUGACAGUAAGCGAGGCUAUAUAUGCCAGAGACUACCUGACCCAUCUUUAUCUGAUUCUCCAACGAGUUCAACAGAUAGUUUUAUUAAAUAUGGGGAAAGCAGCUAUUCACUCAUUGACUUAAAGCUUUCAUGGUAUGAUGCAGAGAAUUAUUGCAAAUAUCAGAAAUCCAAUAUUGGAAGCAUUCUAGACCCCUAUAGCAAUGCAUUUGUGUGGAUACAAAUGCAAAAAAUGAAUGCACCAGUGUGGAUUGCCCUGAAUAGUAACUUGACCAAUAAUGAAUAUGUUUGGACUGAUAAAUGGAGAGUAAGAUACACCAAUUGGGCUGCUGAUGAACCCAAAUUGAAAGCAGCCUGUGUUUAUCUUGAUAUUGAUGGCUUCUGGAAGACAGCAUAUUGCAAUGAAACGUUCCAUUCUCUCUGUAAAAGAUCAAAAGAACUCCCUGCCACUGAACCUCCGCAACUGCCUGGCAGAUGCCCAGAGUCAGAACAUACAGCAUGGAUUCCUUUCCAUGGCCACUGCUAUUAUAUUGAGUCCUCAUACACACGGAACUGGGGCCAAGCUUCUUUAGAAUGUCUUCGAAUGGGUUCCACUUUGGCUUCCAUAGAAAAUGCUGCUGAAUCCAGUUUUCUUUCAUAUCAUGUUGAGCCACUUAAAAGUAAAACCAGUUUUUGGAUAGGAUUGUACAGAAAUGUUGAAGGAAUGUGGCUCUGGAUAAACAACAAUCCAGUAUCCUUUGUCAACUGGAAUACAGGAGACCCCACUGGUGACCGCAAUGACUGUGUCAAUUUAAUUUCAUCUUCUGGGUUUUGGAAUAAUAUUCAUUGUUCUUCCUACAAAGGAUAUAUUUGUAAAAGACCAAAAAUUGUUGAUGUUGAACCUACUCAAACAAUGAUGACAACAAAAGCUAACCCAAGGAAGAUGAGCCCUUCCAAACCAUCUUCCAAUGUGGCAGGAGUAGCUGUCAUUGUGAUCCUUCUCAUUCUGGCUGGUGCUGGCCUCGCUGCAUAUUUCUUUUAUAAGAAAAGACGUGUGCACCUACCUCGAGAAGACACCUUUGAAAACACCCUCUAUUUCAACAGUAGAUCAACUCCAGGAGCUAGUGAUACAAAAGAUCUCAUGGGUAACAUUGAACAGAAUGAACAUGCAGUCAUUUAG